UCGUUUGUAUAUUUAUUACUUUGCUUCACAUUAUUUCGCUUGUUUCUGUUAAAUUCUCUCAUGGAGGAAGAAAGCCAGCUACCCAAAUGGGAAGGCAAAACGUCAGCUGAGCUGAAAGGCCCGGCAGCAGAAGAAGUUUGGCCUCUCUUGGCAGAUUUCUGCAACAUACAUAAGUGGUUCCAAAGUCUUGAGACCAGUUAUCAUGUGGAGGGAGUCCCCGGCCAACCUGGCCUGGUUCGCUACUGCGGGCACCGUGACCAUGAUGAUGACGAAGAUGAUCAGACGUCGGACACGAUCAAGUUCUCAGCUAAAGAGAAGCUACUGAUGAUCGAUCCAGUCAGGCGGUGUUUGAGCUACGAGAUACUUGACAACAACUGGGGGCUCAAGUCAUAUGUUGCAACCAUGCAAGUAUUGGAUCUGGAUGGGAAUAACGACCAAAGCCGCCGCGGGUGCAAGAUUGAGUGGUCGUUUGUUUGUGAUCCGAUUGAGGGAUGGAGGUUUGGAGAUUACGUAUCUCUUCUCGACUCUUGUCUGCUAUCCAUGGCAAAAAAGAUGGAGCAUGAUGCCUUUCCAUCUACUACUAGCUAGCUAGCUUUUGUAUUUAUGGGUGGAUGUUGAACUAAGGAUAUAUAUAAUCUGGUUGUUUGGUAUUGUAGUCAUUUUUUGUUUUUGUUUUGAGAAGAAGGUAUUGUAAUCAUUUGAAUUUUUACAAAUGAGCUAAGAGAUCGAUUUAGAUCUAUGUGUAUUCAAAUUAAGAGUUCAAUCGCAUGUAAGAAUUAAUAUGGACUUAUCAAUGUUCAUUA